AUGACUUUAUCUGGGGAGAUAAGAACGAGGCCAGCCCCUCAUCCCUGGGCGUUGGAGGAGCCAUCCAUAUAUAAGGUCUACAAGAGCUGGGUUAGGUCAAGGGUGCCGUUGCUGUCGACGUGGACCAGGUUCGAGGGAAGAGUGGGUUCAUUAAUGAUUUGGGGAACAGUCAAAGCUUGGGGUUUUGUAAAUUCGAAGAUGAAGUCGGCAAUUGCCUGUCCCUUUGUAGCCAGGCGGGGUUUAUAG